GUGAGGAAAAGGGGGCAUGAGAAGUUCUGUGGAAAAAAUAUUAAGCGCUAUGGCGAAUCUAGAAAGGGCUUUCGUGCACAGUCGGUAACAGAUUCUCGCUCGAUAGAUAUGAGCUCAGAUCAUGCAGAAAAAACUGAGAAAUCUACUGCCAGUAUUACAAUUCCGGAUGAUGGCAUUCGCUUCUGGAAGGAAGAAAAAGUUGACGGUGCGGUUUAUGGAAUAUACCUGAAAAAAGUCAAGUACACUGUAUUAUCUGAGCUUGAGCCUGCAGACAGUGACCAAGUUUCUCAUCUCCAGUGGCAGACACAGAGAAUAAGAGUUGUAAAGGCUGGAACUUUAGAACGCUUAGUCGAAAGUUUGUCAUCAGAGACCGGGGAGUUGGACUCAUCUUACGUCAAUGUCUUCCUUGCAACUUAUAGAACUUUUGCCAGUGCUAAACAGGUGCUGCAGUUAAUAUUAGACAGGUAUCUAGCCAUAGACCAGAAUACACAGCAAAAUGACCAAAUGCAUGAGAAGAUAAAAAAAACUUACAGAUCAGUAACGUCCAUGUGGUUGGACACAUAUCCAGAGGACUUUCGAGAGCCACCAAAUUAUCCCUGCCUCACUUUACUGGAGAAGUUUGCAGCAGAAAAUAUGCCGACCAGCGAUCUCGCCAUACGCAGUCAGCACAAAAAGGACAAAUUUAUGAAGGAGGAAGAGGGGGAACAUCAUGAUGGCAAUAUUGACUUCCACCUCAAUCUUUGUGAUGAAGUUGACUUCAUGAUAGACACAGAGUACCAGAAACCUCUAGACUUCAUGUCAAUUCCAAACGCCAUGUUUGCCCAGCAGCUUACUUAUAUGGACGCGCAAUUAUUCAAGAAGGUCCUGCCCCACCACUGCUUGGGGUCAGUGUGGUCAAAUCGGAAGGACAAGAAGAAACUGGACGCCCCCUCAGUGGUGGCCACUGUGGACCAGUUUAACAGAGUCUCCUACCGCGUCAUAGCAACAGUGCUUAAACAGCCAGACAUGAAGGCAUCACAGAGAGCUAAGAUCAUUGCAAAGUGGAUAGAUAUAGCACAGCUUGAGCCUGCAGACAGUGACCAAGUAUCUCAUCUCCAGUGGCAGACACAGAGAAUAAGAGUUGUAAAGGCUGGAACUUUAGAACGCUUAGUCGAAAGUUUGUCAUCAGAGACUGGGGAGUUGGACUCUUCUUACGUCAAUGUCUUCCUUGCAACUUAUCGAACAUUUGCCAGUGCUAAACAGGUGCUGCAGUUAAUAUUAGACAGGUAUCUAGCCAUAGACCAGAAUACACAGCAAAAUGACCAAAUGCAUGAGAAGAUAAAAAAAACUUACAGAUCAGUAACGUCCAUGUGGUUGGACACAUAUCCAGAGGACUUUCGAGAGCCGCCAAAUUAUCCUUGCCUCACUUUACUGGAGAAGUUUGCAGCAGAAAAUAUGCCGACCAGCGAUCUCGCCAUACGCAGUCAGCACAAAAAGGACAAAUUUAUGAAGGAAGAAGAGGGGGAACAUCAUGGUACGUUAUUGUCAGUAUUUUUGUUUUAA